AAAUUUUCCUCUUCCCUUAGGAUAUUGUUUGGCUAUAAUCUUAAAACCAACCACACAUGCAAUAUGUGGUUGCAAUUCAUCAAAAUGCAUAAACAUUCUUAGCAUAUAAGAUUUUAUAAAGUCAUAUCUUUACGUUCACGCGCCUGCAGAUAUACAAAAAAAAAAAAAAAAAAAAAAAACGAAUCUUAGACUGAAAAAAAAUGUCUUGGGUGAAAUUUCUUUUCCCACCUUCUAUGUUUGUGAUUGCAACAUCUCUAGCAUCUUUUACACCGUUGGUAAUUUCUGGGUUAUCAGAAAUAAGAGGGAAACAUCUUCAAUAUUCUAAGUUCUUUGGCGUUGGUUCACAAGCUUCUGCUGUAGCAGAAUCGAAGGUAAAGUUUUCGAGUCGAGCUGGCAUGGUUAUGGUUUAUACACCAGCUUUCCUUGCUGGGAUUUCUUCUUUUGUGAUUUUCCCAGAUGUGGGUCUCAGGUUUUUGUUGCUCAGAUCUGCCAUUUCCAUCCAUUUCUUCAAGAGAGUUCUUGAGUCUCUUUUUGUUCACAAAUACAGUGGUGAAAUGCCUUUUGACACAAUGAUAGUGAUACUUCUCAGUUAUUUCUCAGCCAGUGCACUCAUGAUCUUUAACCAACACCUCACCAUGGGGCUUCCAGAGCCACCAGUUGAUUUGAAGUACCCUGGAAUUCUUCUGUUUUUAAUAGGAAUAAGUGGCAAUUUCUACCAUCAUUACCUUCUUUCCAAGCUGAGAAGCAAAGGUGCCAAAGAAUAUAAGAUUCCCAAGGGUGGUUUGUUUGACAUUGUUAUAUGCCCUCACUAUUUGUUCGAGGUUUUAGUGUUUUGGGGAUUUGCUUUCAUUUCCCAGACUUUGUAUUCAUUUUCAUGCUCUCUUGGCACUUCUUUUUACUUGUUGGGUAGGAGUUAUGCCACUAGGAGAUGGUACCUUUCCAAAUUUGAAGAUUUUCCCAAGGGUGUCAAGGCUAUGAUUCCAUUUGUAUUUUAGCUAUAUUAUGGUGAGUUCCCAACUCAUUUAUAAAUUAACCAAGCACGUAAUAAUAUUAUAAAUGUUUGAAUUUUGUAA